GCGAUAAUACGACAGAGGGAACAUUAGUUCGUCUUCUGAAAAUGAGCGCGGAGUUUUCGCUGCUGCAGCACCUGGGUGUUUCUGUGGGCAAGUGUGAGCCGGCUCCCGCGGCGCAGAGCAGUAGCGCUCCUAAAGCCCCUCCAAAGGACGCCUUCCGCGUAUGGGCACCAGCGCAGCAUCCACCGCCGAGCAAGAAGGUUUCCCCUGAUCGGGUGCGUGGCGUGCUAGCCAGGCGACGCAAAGGGCCGGCGAAGUCGUACGCAGACCCGACAGGAGAGGUUUUUCUCCGCAACGACACGGUGAGGAGGUGCAGUACGUCGUGUACAACUCCAAGGUGCCAUCCAUCUAUGGAGUGAACAGGCAGCUCGCGGAGAGGAAGCGGGCCGAAAAGGCGCACGACAACAACGUCGACGCGCUGACGAGUUGCGACGCGGAGUUUGGGCAGGAUGAGGCGCUGCAGGAAAAGGCGAGAAGGAAUAUUUUGCGGGAACUGCAGAUCUGCAACCAAGAGCAGGCCAACCGCAAAAAGGAAGAAGAGCGCCGCGAUCGCGAACGGCGCAUCGCACAGGAAAAGGCACAGCUGCGCUACCGAGACGCGGAGGCCGCACGCUCAGACGAGGAGGCACGCAUCCACAAGACACAACAGCAGGAGGCGCUGCGCAUGGCGGCAGCUGAGGCCGCUACUGCCAGAAAACAAGCGGCCACCACUCCGGAAAGCGAUUACGCCGUCUCGACAUGGAACGGCGCCGACGAGGACGAGGAGCGGCGUUGUGCAACGCAGCGCCGUACACGCGAGUUUUCGGAGGCGAAUCGGCAAAUGGCAGAGCAGCAGCGUGCCGAGCGCGACGCACGUGAGGCGGCUGAGAGGGAGAACGCCCGCGUCGCGCGUGCGGAGGCAGAGCAGCAGAUGCGCGAGGAGCAGAUGCGUGAGGCGGCGACGCGGCAACAGACGGCGGAGGCGUUGCGGCAGGCGCAGGAGGCGGAGCGAGAGAGGAGGUUGACGGCGUCGGCAGCUGGCAGCCGCCCUCCCCCGGCUCUCGUGGGCUCCCUCUUUGACUUCGCCGAGAAGCGCGAAUCAGAGGAAGCACAGCGGGCUCAGCAGCGGCUGCGAGAGGACAUGGCCAUCAACGCCCGCCUGGCGGAAGCGAAGCGAGCACGGACGAGAGAGGAGCGUGAACAGGAGAGAAGCUAUGCGGCGCAGGUGGCGGACGCCAACUUUGAGGACUUCCAACGCGAAGUUGCCCAGUCGCGGCUGCGUCGCUUGCAAGAGCAGAAGGAGAUGCAGAAUGCGGCUGAAGUGGCCGCAGCAGCAGCACGCGAGAAACAAAAGCAGGAGGCGCUGGUGGAUCGCAGUCGACCUGAUGAUGCGUUGCUAUUCUGGGCUGGUGAGGAUUCCUCUCGUGCAGAGGAGACCAAGGCAGAGGCAGAGCGGCGCUACCGCGAAGAAGUGCGCCGCCAAGCGGAACGGAAACGGGCGGAGCGGGCGAGAGAUGACGAAGAGAAGAAAGCGUGGGAGCGCGCCCUUGUUGCGUCCGACAGCGAGGCGGCGAAGGCGGCGGAUGCACGCGAGCGCAGAGAGACGCAGGAGAAGAUCGCGCAGCUGCGUCACACUCUGGAGGAUCAGAUGGCUGCUAAGAAGGAGCAGCGAAGGCAGGAGCACCCACAGUCGUCACAACGCGGGCUCCUUCGCGGGCCAGCGCCGGACGCCAUCUCGCUUUACCGGUGCCCUGUCACUGGUGAACUGCUCCCUGCAAGCGCGUACGACUUUGGUAUUCGCAGGGGUCGUUAA